AUGAUGAAUACAAUCACCGAGCACGGCACCUGUUCCAUCGUCUUUAGCGUGGUCGGCAUGCUCAUUUCCAUGGUGUUAUCUAUCCCGCGAACGAUGAAAGGAAUGACGUGGGUCUCGUUCGCUUCCUUUCUCAGCAUCUUCGGCGCGGUCAUGAUUACCAUGAUCUCCGUGGGCGUACAGGAUCACCCUAAUCGGGUUAUUCAUGCCACGGUAGAGACAAAUCUCUACACAGGGUUCCAGGCAGUGUCGAAUAUUGUCUUCGCCUACUGCGCUCAUGUAGCCUUCUUUGGUCUCAUUGCUGAAAUGGAGAAUCCUAAGGAUUUCAACAAGUCCUUACUCAUGUUGCAGUCUUUUGAGAUCUGCCUAUAUCUCACUGCCGCGGUCGUCAUCUAUUAUUAUGUUGGAACUGACGUUGCCUCUCCUGCCUUGACCUCCGCCGGACCUGUGAUGAAAAAGGUUGCCUACGGCAUUGCCAUCCCAACGAUCGUCGGCGCAGGUGUUGUAAACGGUCACAUCGGUCUGAAAUAUAUCUAUUUCCGGGCCUGCCGCAAAUCGGACCUCCUACACAGUCGCAGCUGGAAGUCCGUCAGUAUUUGGCUCGCACUCGGCCUGACCUGUUGGGUUGUCGCCUGGAUCAUUUCAGAGGGUAUUCCUGUUUUUAGCAAUCUAAACAGCUUGAUUAGUGCCCUGUUCGCGAGCUGGUUCAGUUAUGGGCUGAGUGGGAUUUAUUGGUUGCAUCUGAACUAUGGCCAAUGGCUUUCCAGCCCAAAGAAAAUCCUGCUGACCAUACUGAACAUUGGAAUUGCCCUGAUCGGUCUCAUCUUAUGUGUAUUGGGCUUAUAUGCGUCUGGGACGGCUAUUCAUAACGAUACCAACAGCAGCGUUUUUACCUGCGCCAACACAGAUACAUAG